AUGCAGCGUUCACUUGGGCGUUGUGAGACUCAACUCAGACUUGUUGUCAGCUACCACAUCGUGAACUCUCAAGCCAGUCAGACUACCCAUGAUCUCUUCGAGUAUUCACCUAGACGCUGGCUCCGUCAACAACGACUUUCGCCUUGGAGAGCGCAACGGCGGCGUCGUGACAUCAACCUCAGGCUCGCGCCAACAUCACAAUCUGAAGAUGUAUUCACAAGAGCGGAAAGCAAGUAUAUGAAAUACAACAAUAUUCUACCAGAGAACCUAUAG